AUUCGUUCAUUUUGCUGAACGAGACUCAAAAGUCCGAGUCGGUAAAAUGAUCCGAACUUCCCAUCACUAGAGAACAACAUGCUUUUCUGUCUGUCUCUUUUUCAACUGCCUCUGCCCUUUCCGGCAGCUAUCACAUGAGCCACUGAAACAACGUUCUUAAAGGGGCAGCACCUAACAGUAUGAAUGAAUACCCAGACAGCAGGUGACUCCGAGCCGGAUCCGUAUUUAAACCGGCAAAUCCGCGUUACAACCACCUCCGUUCCACUGCUCUAAUACGGAUCCAGCCCGUGUCCGGGUUUUAGUAGGCGGGAACAACCGUCGCAAAGCAGAUUCGGGCCGUAUCUGUGAUACGAGCGCGCGAUUUUUCUUUCUGCAGUUAGAAGAGGCCAGUCGGCACUCGAAAUCCUACACUUCAGACUUCACAAAGACACAAUGAAAAGGAGGGAACCGCCUUUGACAAGCUCUGGAGUCAGACGGAGGGCUCGUAUUUCCCUCGAGAAACGACUUCAUGACAUUGCAGAAGACUGUCUAUUAGAAUCAGAACCAACUCAAACUCAAAAAGUUGAAACAGAUUCCAUCACAAAUGACACCCAAAGCAACAAUGACUCUAGACUCCCUCAGAUAGAUGACCAUUUAGAUUUUGUUUGCACAGAUGAUAUUGGAGAAGUGACAGAAAGACAACAUGUUUCAGAGUCUGAUUCUGAAUCAGAAUCUGAAUUUGCAGAUGAGCCAGUCAGCCUUGUUGAAAGUUUAGCCAAUUGGUCUGUACAGUUUGGUGUUUCUUUAGUAGCCCUCACAGCCCUCCUUACUUUGUUGAGAUUGUACCACCCAGAAUUGCCUAAGGAUGCUCGAACCAUCCUUAAAACAAAAACUGAAUACAAAAUCCAACAAAAAUGUGGUGGUUUGUAUCAUUAUAGAGGAAUUCUGACAGCUAUGCAUAACACCCUGAACCACCUAAUUGGAAAGAUUGCAGAUGGCUUUACUUUUAGAUUGCAAAUCAAUAUUGAUGGUUUACCCUUAUUUAAGAGCUCUAAUUUACAGUUAUGGCCCAUUUUAGGACUUCUCUUGAGUUUCCCAAUGAAAGAACCUGUUGUCAUUGGGCUUUUUAGUGGUACUAAAAAACCAAAUGCCCCUGAUGAAUUUUUGAGAGAUUUUACCCAUGAGUUAAAGCAGUUGCAGGAAGGGUUCUUUUUCAGAGGAAAAAAGGUUUUCAUUGAACUAGAUUCUGUUAUAUGCGAUACUCCUGCUAGAGCUUUUGUAAAAAACACGAAAGCUCACAAUGGAUACCAUGGAUGUGAUAAGUGUUGCCAGCCAGGUGUUUAUGUUAACAACAGAAUGACAUACCCCAGAAAUGAUUUUGUUUUACGGACUGAUUCAUCAUUUUCAGACAGAGUUGAUGAGGAGCAUCAUCAUCAUGGACCACAUGGAUUUUCUGGUCUAGAUGUGGGCAUGGUGUCUAGAUUCCCUUUAGAUUACAUGCACCUUGUGUGUUUAGGUGUCACAAGGAGAUUAUUAAAUAUUUGGCUCAGGGGUCCUUUGACGUUUCGCUUGUCCUCCAGUCUUGUUGAUCAGAUUUCUCAAAGUCUAAUUCAGAUGCGUGCGUACAUACCAGCUGAGUUUGCAAGGAAGCCGAGGUCUCUGAGAGAUCUAGACCGUUGGAAAGCUACUGAACUAAGACAGUUUCUGUUGUAUACUGGCUCUGUUGCUCUGGCACCACAUUUAGAUUGUGAUGUAUACAAUAACUUUAUGUUAUUGUAUACUGGUAUUUGCAUCCUUGUCAGUCCUCAGCUGUGUUCUAUGUUUAACAAUUAUGAGAAAAUGCUACUAACAACAUUUGUAAGUCAUUUUGGGGAGCUUUAUGGAAAAGAUGGCUUAGUGUAUAAUGUGCAUGGCUUGGUCCAUUUGUCAGCUGAUGCACAACUGCAUGGUUCUUUAGACUCCAUCUCAGCUUUUCCAUAUGAAAAUUACCUCAAUACACUGAAGAAGUUUGUGAGAAAGCCAGAAUUUCCUCUUGCACAGAUAAUACGAAGGUUAUCAGAGGUUGAAGACAUCAGAACUGUCGAGCUCCCCUGUAAAGCUUUAAGAAGGCAACAUUAUGUUGGACCUGUUCCCGACGGCCUUCAAGCUACAGCACAAUACAGGCAGCUGCAGACUGAACAGUGGUCAAUUAAAGUUUCCACUGGCGAUAAUGUUUUUGCUAUAGACAAAGACAUAUGUGUUAUCUAUAACAUUGUUCAGUCUGUCGAGGGCAUAUAUGUAGUGUUUAAAGUUUUAACACAGAUGGACAAUUUCUACAACUAUCCAAUGAGCUCGGAUUUUCUCAGAGUAUUCAUUGUCUCUCAUCCAACAGGACCGUUUAGGGUAGCCAAAAUAUCACAGAUCUCUCACAAGUGUGUGCUCCUUCCUUACAAAGAUAGAUUUGUUGUCAUGCCCUUCUUGCACAGCCAAAGUUAUAGUGCAGAGAUGGAUUAGUUCUGGGACAGCAACAUUGUGAUGGCCCAGAUCCAGCACUCAUCUAGCACGUAUGGAAUGGUGAUCUGUUAACAGGCUUAUUAAGGCUGAGAUGACCCCAUAUUUAAUAUUAAGAUAAGAUUGUGUGGCUCAGAUAAGGUCCAUGUCUGGUUUAUUCUUUGCUCUUUGCCUGCUAUGGCCUGCUUGUGGCCCAGAUCUGGAAAACAGGUGUGGAUCACCCAAGGUCCGUCAUUCAACACCAAAUGCAGGCUAGCUCCUCAUUCCUUAUGGGCUGGAUCUGGGCCAUCACAGUGUUGCUAUGUGGGCAGGUGGGGCUGUAAAAGGUGAGGGUUAAGGGCAGAGUGGCGGGAGACAAAACAAUUGAUGCUGACUAAAGACUGACUUAACACUCUGAACUGACGAAGAGCUGCUGUACUCCACAAAGGUUUCUGGAAACUUGUGGAUUUUGACAAUGUAGGGUUUUUGGAUGACUCCUAAAGGACACAGUUUUGAGAUUUGAUGUUUCUACUCAUCGAAUUUACAGAAACAAAAACUGUCAACAUUAUAUCCGAGUCGUGGUUUGAGGAUGGUGUCACUUGGUGGCCAAAUUAUAAAAGUGAUGAACGCAUAAAUAGAGCUAUCCAAAAAUGUGAAGAGCCAGGAGAAGACUGGAAAAAGUUUGAUGUCCGAGUCCUCUCAAGAACUGGUGAUUACCUUAAAGCAAGAGACAAACUGAGGGCCUCACUGACCUGUAAUACCUCUGAGUUACAAACAGAUGAUGAGGAAGAAGUCAUUAGGAAGAGAAAAAUUAAGCCAAGGCAAAUCUUUGGUGAUACAGAUUCUGACAGUGAGCCAGAGGGUGGUAUAAAGAGGAGAUACCACAAUCUCUCCACUUGUCUACCGCCACCUAUUCCUCCACCUACUCCUGACAUACCAUCAACUGAAACCUGCCAGACUUCCAUUAGACCUCUGCCAGAUCUGAGGCAGAUUGAAUAUUCUUCUUUCACUGCAGCACCACCUGUCCACUUUAAUGCAGCUGGAAUGCCUUCCAGUCCGCUACGCCACUGCUCUGUUGGAUAUGUCCCCAAUCUGAUGCCUCUUGAAGAUGGAUAUUAUACAGUGCCUCCAGUUGCUACACCUACCUCUGACAGGCCAUCAAGCUCUAUGGGCCACAUCUCUACCAUGCCUCAAAUGUCAAAGGAGCAUUCCUUCAGGCCCACGUUUAGACUGGGGAAGAUGGGCACUGGACCUAUUCCUUGCUCUGCUGCACAGCUGCACAUUCUAACAUUGUUAGAAAAUGUUAAGGAACAGCAAACACAGCUUGCCUUUGCUGUCAGUAAUCUUGCUGCACGACUGGGGACAGAAAAUCCUGUGGCUGAAAUGCCUCACAAUAUCAGUGUUCCACUGGCCACUAUGCCUGAAGUUGAGGAGCUGGAGGAGUGGCUUAAAGAUUCAAGAAACGCACGGGCUAAACAAAACAUGAUAUCUGCUCUGGGUGCUGUUGGAGGACAAAACACCAAAAGAAUCACCUGGAACAUACUUCAUAGGCUUUUCUCAGAUUCAGUAGCUAAAAAAAUUAACUGGAAAGGAGUCAAUGGGAAGAAGUGUUUCAAAGAAAUGCACACAAGAAGUUUGUUGAUCAGAGCUGUAAGGAGUAACCCGUCCUCUACCGGAGCAGCAGAUACUGACAUCGAUUCUUACGCUAUCCGUUGGUUCAAUCUUGCCUCUGACCGUGGCGGCGGCCGGAAAGAACGUGAAAGAGCCAAAGAGGCAUUAACUGAGAUAUCUCAUGGGAAUUAAAUCGCACAUGUGAAUGGGUUUGUUGUUCCAUGGCUUUGCUACCCGUUCUGUUUGGUUCAUGAUGGGUCUGCGGUUCAUAAUAUGAACAUUUUUUUGAUGCAGCUUUUUGCUGCCUCUUUCUACUCAAGAAAGAAGACCAACGUAUCUUUUUGUCACUUGUUUCCCUGACUUCUAUUAUUACCAUUCUCAGUUUAUUUUUAUAAUUUCUGUCAUCUUUCUAUGUCAUGUUUAUUUGUACUUCAUUAUAAAGCGACCUUGAGUUGUAUGAA